UAGUUAAGUUAGUAGGUAAUAGUGGCUCGCUGCUUCGCAUCUUACGUCACGCUAGUUGUUUCGAAUGACUGGUGCUCGCGCUGCUCUGGACAAGGCCGCAUCAGACGAAACCGAUUAUCUGUAUUUCUCGAGAUCAAGGUCGUCACUUUUUCCAUAGUCGCAUCGAAUUACAGAAUUGCCCUCUCCCACCCCCCCUACCCCACCCUCUCUCAAAGAGCAUGGCUCAGGAGACCAAUCAGACACAGGUGCCAAUGCUUUGCACUAUGGGAUGCGGAUUCUAUGGUAACCCCCGCACCAACGGCAUGUGCUCGGUCUGCUACAAAGAGCACCUGCAAAGGCACCAGGGAGGUGGACGGAGCAGCCCUCUAGGUGAGAAAGCUGCCACUUCUCCAGUGGGGUCUCCGGGAGCCACGGCAGUAACCGUGGAGACGACCCCUGCCCCAAUCCCAGAAGUGGUCACCCCGUCAGAAGAGCGCAUGUCCAACUCUCCCAGCCCAGUCACCCAGCAGAUGAUUGCGAUGAGCAUUUCCCAGGACACUGCAGCCACUGACUCUGACAGAGCUGAUGGUGAGGAGGAGGAAGAAGAGGAAGGCUCAUCCCAGAACACAGGACCAGUGGGGGAGACAGCACAGGCCUCCUCGGACGGAGAUCAGACUCCUGACAAGAGCAAGAAGAAGAACCGCUGCUUCACUUGCAGGAAGAAAGUGGGCCUCACGGGGUUUGACUGCCGCUGUGGCAACCUGUUCUGCGCGAUCCACCGUUAUUCGGACAAACAUGACUGUCCCUACGACUACAGAGGGGCAGCGGCAGCCCGUAUUCGCAAGGAGAACCCCAUUGUGGUGGCUGAGAAGAUCCAGAAAUUUUCGUUCCUACGGCAACACGUCGCCUGCCACUUCAAGACUCUCGCGUUGUUCCACAGCUUUGGCUAAGAUGAACAUCCUGUGCUUUGAUGAUGUCAUACAGGAAGAUGUACCCUGCUUCCAGGAAGCUAUGGCUUGCAUGGCUGUGCAGUUAUUAGUACGGAGGCUGCGUGUUUUUUUCCUCGCUGUGUCUCCAGGGCCCUGCUGAACUGAGCUGGUAUGGAAGUUUUCACAUUAAUGCAUUAACGCGGCGCAUGAUUGAAUGGAGUCUAAGGAUUUGUCCAAAUUAACGUGCCUCUUGUGUGUGUUUUCCUUUAUUUUUCUCUCAAAUGUAUAUACCAUGUGGCUACUAUUCAUAUAGUUAUGAUCUAACGUAGAAUGGCACAAAGGUAGUAAGCAGAGAAGGGGGAGAUAAUGCAUAAAAAUGUGUACGUUUUCAUAUGUAUCCAAGUGAUUAUCUGCUAUUUGUAUAGAAGGAAAGAAAUGAAGGCCUGUGUUUUGGGACAGGGUUGGAGGUGUUGAAUGUCCCUGUUGUUUUGUGUGUCAGAGGGCUGAUGGAGCCAAAGUGGUUGGUUUAGAGAGGGAGCGGUUCCACAAUGUUUGUCCAAAUUGGUGUUGUACGAAGUGUGUGGCAGAAUCUCCCAGUGUCUGCAUGGUUUGUGUCCCUUAUAUGCCAGUAAAGUAAAAAAUACACAGUGUAAGAUUAAGAGGUUGCUGAAAUUGUAAGCUUUGCUCAUUUCCUGAUUGGUACACUAGCGCCCCCCCCUUCCCCCUUUCAAAGCAGACCUAACUACAAACAAUGAAUAUAUAAAAUGAUGUUCACUCACUGAUGACAUGGUCAAAAUGCUGUUGGCAGUUCAAACUGUAUGACCUUGCUUGUACAAAAGGGAAAUAAUUAUAACAAAGGCAUGAAAAAUGGACUAAGAUUUUCACCAGUCUUCCCAGCAGAUGCCGGAGACUGGGUCAGAUUUUUUUGGCCACACCAAAAGUAAAAGACAACUGAGUAAACUUAGCCAAUCAGGUUGCCAGGCUACUGAAUCCAUAGAAACAGCCACUUAGACCCCAGUUGUGGCAAAACUCAGCAAGAGUUUCCCCCAUUUGAAAAGGCCACCAUCAGCUCCUUUCUGUUCUGUUGGACUGUGUCUCGUGUUCUCCUCUCAUAAACAGUCAUGUGUAUGGACACAAAAUCAUCUGUGUUCACGCUGACCUGUAACCUCCUGUCUUUCCUCAUGAGAAUUAGAUGACCCAAGUCUUGAAUGUUGAAACUUACCGAUUAACUUGCUUCUGAACCCAAUGG